AUGGAGCAAGAGUUAACCAUUGCCAUAUUCAUGGCAUUGACAACAGUGCUCUUUAUCUAUUCUAAAAGAUCGAACACCGGUCCACUUACUCACCUCCCUCUUCCCCCCGGCCCCAAAGGGUUACCGCUGAUAGGCAACCUGCUCAAUAUGCCAAAAAAUCCAGAAUGGGUUGCCUACCAUCAGUGGUCAAAGGAUCUAGAUACCGAUAUCCUCUACCUUAAUGCUGCUGGUACAGAUAUUAUUGUUCUCGACUCAGCAGAAGCAGCCUUUGAAUUGCUCGAGAAACGUUCUUCCAUAUACUCCAGCAGAGCUCGGCUUCCCAUGGUGAAUGAGCUCAUAGGUUGGGAAUUUGCGUUCGGGUUCAUGAAAUACGGCGCAAGCGACGACGUGUAG